AUGCCGUGCUUCGUACUCGCGCCGCUUCCGCGCGUCCUCGCGCCGCCGCGACGCGCGGCCGCGCGCGGCCGCGGCCGCGUCCGCGCGAAGACCGCGCGCGAGGACGAAGCAGCGAGGAGGAGGAGGACGACGACGCCGUCGCGCCGUCGCGCGUAUCGAGCGCGCACGUGCGCGCGCACCGCGCCGACGAACGACCUCAUCGAGGCGCUCGAGGGCCGUGCGCUAACGCGCGCGGGGGACGGCGAGGACGCGGACGCGAUCGACGCCGAGGCGAGCGCCGUCGCGGGCUGCGGCGACGCCGAGCUCGUGGAGACACUCGCCGAGCGUGCUCGCGAGCUGACCGGCCCCGAGGUUAGUAACCUAUCUGAUCUACACGUGUACCUGUACGUGUACUGUUCGUAUCGUUGUGUACUGGUAGUGUACGUGUACAGCUGUACACGUACAGAAUUACGUUAG